GCGGAGUGGGAGGUGGCCGGCGGCUUCUCCCACGUCCGCCAUUUUGUUGCUGUGGCUAUUGCGAGCGGGCUUGGCAAAACUGCCUCGGGGUCUCUGCGUUUCUUGCAGUUUGGUGCUUUCGUGUGACGACGAGGGUCAGUGCAGACCUUUGGGGCUGCGGAGCUUGUACAUUCCAGGCCGGGAGUCACUAAAGCCACCUCCGGUAUUCUGGGCAGCCCAAGAACCCCCGGGCGGCCUCCGUUUACGGCUGCGCUUCGUCUACCCCGACCCCAGGGUCCUGUCCCUCUUUCCCCGGGCCGACUCUGUCCGCGAGGAGCUCCCGGAGCAGGCGGGCGGCAGCAGAGGAUGCUGCGGACCCGGAGCCGAGAGGAAGGUCCCGGCCCAGCUCGCUAAGUUCUCCUCGAGGGGUGUGAAGAGGCCCGUUCUCGGCACCCGAGCCGCCUGCCGGCAAAGGCUUCCAGACAGGCAAGAGCAAUCGCCGCCCAGACCCGCCGCCGAGCCCCCUCCCCGGCCCAACACCAUGUCCUCCGCCAGGUUCGACUCCUCAGACCGCUCGGCUUGGUACAUGGGGCCGGUGUCUCGCCAGGAGGCGCAGACUAGGCUCCAGGGCCAGCGCCACGGAAUGUUCCUAGUCCGGGACUCCUCCACCUGCCCUGGAGACUAUGUGCUAUCGGUGUCCGAGAACUCUCGUGUCUCCCACUACAUCAUCAACUCCCUGCCCAACCGCCGUUUUAAGAUCGGAGACCAGGAGUUUGACCAUUUGCCGGCCUUGCUGGAGUUCUACAAGAUCCACUACCUGGACACCACCACCCUGAUCGAGCCAGCGCCCAGGUACCCAAGCCCACCAAUGGGAUCUGUCUCAGCACCCAACCUGCCAACAGCAGAAGAAAAUCUGGAAUAUGUACGGACUCUCUAUGAUUUUCCCGGAAAUGAUGCUGAAGACCUGCCCUUCAAAAAGGGUGAGAUCCUGGUGAUAAUUGAAAAGCCCGAAGAACAGUGGUGGAGUGCCCGGAACAAGGAUGGCCGGGUUGGGAUGAUUCCUGUUCCUUACGUUGAAAAGCUUGUGAGAUCUUCGCCUCAUGGAAAGCAUGGAAAUAGGAAUUCCAACAGUUAUGGCAUCCCAGAACCUGCUCAUGCGUAUGCUCAACCUCAGACCACAACUCCUCUACCUACAGUUUCCAAUACUCCUGGAGCAGCAAUCAACGCUUUGCCAUCAACCCAGAAUGGACCUGUGUUUGCAAAAGCAAUCCAGAAAAGAGUACCUUGUGCUUAUGACAAGACUGCCUUGGCAUUAGAGGUGGGUGACAUUGUGAAAGUCACAAGAAUGAAUAUAAAUGGCCAGUGGGAAGGUGAAGUGAAUGGGCGUAAAGGGCUUUUCCCUUUUACUCACGUCAAAAUCAUUGACCCUCAAAACCCAGAUGAGAACGAGUGAUUGCUGUUGCCUUGUUCCCUGCUGCUUCAUCAUUCUGCCUGUCAUAGUCUCCUUUGAAGUGGGAAAGUGUUCUCUCUCAUAGGGAAGUUACACUGCAUUGCUGACCGAAGUCCAGCUUUCUGCAGACUGGCGGUCUCUCAUACACAUUUGGAAUGCACACAGUGGCUGCCUCCUGGCAUUUGUAUCAUAGUAGUCUUGUUGAAGAGUAGCCAAUUUUAGAGUUCUUUUGAAUCAUAAACUGGAAAUACUGGUGGAAGCACACAAGUGGAGAGAAGUAGACAUGGAACGUCUUCUCAUCACUGCCCUGUUUGUACUUGGGACUGGUUCUGUCAU